UCUCUCCCUAAGGUAGAGCUAUAUAUGAUCCCCCCAUGCCCCCAAAGCCUUUCCACACAAACACAACGAUAUAUGCACCUUGAGCUUUCCACCCCAUAAAGCCUCCCUUGGCACCUCUAUCCCACUAAGGAGCAAAAAGAGAAGAGGGAAAGGAGCCAAGCCCCAAGUGCUAGCUGCCUGCCUGACUGCUAGUAGUGUACUAGUAGUGGCCUUAGCUUAGCUUGCUUGGCGAGGGCAUUCAGCCUGGUCCUUAAAAAGAAGCAACUCCCUAACGCUUAUGGCACUACUGGUCAAGAGCCACCACCAAAUGUUGGCCUCCUCGUCCACCUCCUCGUCGUCCCCGUCGGCGUUCCGGCAGCCGGCGGCGGCGGGGCCUCCUCCACCUCCCUCCUCCUCCUGCCUUACCGACCAGCAGCCGUCCCCCGCCAAGCGCAAGAGGCGCCCGCCCGGCACACCGGACCCGGAUGCGGAGGUGGUGGCGCUGUCGCCGCGGACGCUGCUGGAGUCGGACCGGUACGUGUGCGAGAUCUGCGGGCAGGGCUUCCAGCGGGAGCAGAACCUGCAGAUGCACCGGCGGCGGCACAAGGUGCCGUGGCGGCUCGUGAAGCGGGCGCCGCCCGGCGGCGGCGAGGACGGCGGCGGAGGCGGCGCUACUGCCGCCGCCGGCGGCGGCGGCGGCGCGGCGCGCAAGCGCGUGUUCGUGUGCCCCGAGCCGAGCUGCCUCCACCACGACCCCGCCCACGCGCUGGGCGACCUGGUGGGCAUCAAGAAGCACUUCCGGCGCAAGCACGGCGGGCGGCGGCAGUGGGUGUGCGCCCGCUGCGCCAAGGGCUACGCCGUGCAGUCCGACUACAAGGCCCACCUCAAGACCUGCGGCACCCGCGGCCACUCCUGCGACUGCGGCCGCGUCUUCUCGCGGGUGGAAAGCUUCAUCGAGCACCAGGACGCGUGCAACUCCAGCCGGAUGCGCGGCGAGGUGGUGGCGCCGCCCGUGCCGUCCACGCUCCCGGUCAUCCGUCCGGUGGUCCCGCGGCCGCAUCCGCCGGCAGUGGCGGCGCCGCCGGAGCUCCAGCUCCUCCCGGCGUCGUCCACGGCGGCGGGGCCGGUCACCGCAACGACGGCUCUGUCCACCAUCACCGCCGCCACAACUACCGCGUCCCAAGCGGAACCCCACGCGGCGGCGACGAAGCUGCAGCUCUCCAUCGGCCCAACCGUCACCGCCGCGGCCUCCAACGGCGGCGGCGAGGAGGACGCCGAGGAGCUGAGGCGCGCGGUGGAGGAGAAGGCCGCGGCGGACGCGGCGCGGGAGCGGGCGCGCGCGGAGGCCGCGGCGGCGGAGCGCGCGCUGGAGGAGGCCCGCCGCGCGCGGCAGCGGGCGCGGGCCGACCUCGAGAAGGCGUGCGCGCUGCGGGACCACGCCGCGCGCCUGCUCGCGCAGGUCACCUGCCACGCGUGCCGCCAGCGGUCGCUCGUCGCCAUGUCCAUGGCCGCCGUAGGCGAGGGCCACGGCCACGGCGGCCCCGCGGUGGCCUGCGACCCCAUGAGGGGAGGCGGCGUAGGGGCAGGCAUCUAGAUCGCCAUGCAUGGAAUGCACAGCACGGAUCGAGUUUGUGUACGUAGCUUAAUUGGCAGGCCUUGUCGAUCGUAUCGUUUCGUCUCUGAUGAUGCUCAGAAUUGAACUGCAUGCAGCCGAGCACCCCGUUGGUUUUUAGGGUGCUACAACUUGUUACUUUGGCCUGGGUAAAAGUUUCGGGAUGCAUGCCGUUGGUUUUUACUGCGUUGAUCUAGCGCCGUCGUCCUUGCCUUUGCCUACCUAAACCACCGUUGGUCAACUAUUGGCUAUUGCAUAACCUCCCUCUGCAUGCUCUAGGAUCUCGGUGACACGAGCACUAAACUCAACAAGCUAAGAGCAACUCCAGCAAACCCUCUAAACAGUCUCCUAUCCCAAGUUUAGAGGGCUAAGCCAAAAAACCGCACUCCAACAGACCCUCUACUUCACCCUUUAUUUUGGGGAGGCCUCCAAAAUUUCUCAUCCACCCUCCAUUCCCAAGGGUCUCUAGGGAGCCCUCUAUUAUAUAUUGGAAUUGAGGACUAUUGCUGGAGUUGAAACAAAUUUAGAAGCCCCUAAAAAAUAGAGGUAGCCAUCAUUUAACACUUAGAGGGUCUGACUUAGGGGUUAUUGCUGGACUGGAGAUGCUCGGCAGGGAUGGAAGUUGGUUGGGGUUUGAGAUUAUCAGUACAGUACUAGACCUUGACCACUUCACUCUCCCAAGUCAUGAUAUUUUUCUUGUUAUAAACAAAUAACAAAAUAUAACAUGUAUAGUCCUUUUCUCUUGAGAUUUUCUUUUCUUCCAAAACAUAGUGUGAAACAAGUCGACAAAUCUUGAGGUUAACAUAAUCACUACAGGUACAAAAGCACGCUGUCUGACACAAAAACAAUCAUUACAGCAGAAAUAUACAUGCCCUAGUGUUGAGUUGGAGACUCAAACUUGUAUAAGCAUGUUUCACCACAAGGAGCUUAACCAAAUGAGAUCAAGUCAUGUGACUUUACUAUUUGUAA